AACAGUCCAAAUUCAUUAGCUUCAAUCUCUGUUCAGGACGAUUAUCUAGAAAUAAUCAGUGGGGGGUUGAAUGUGAAUUAGGAAAGGUUGAGAAUUUUGGAUUCAGUUGACUAUUCAACAACCAAUUUCAGCGUAAGAACGAAGGCAAGGACGUGACCAUCAUUCAUUCAUUCAUUCAUUCACUGAAUGACGUUUCCUUCGAAUAUUACAAAGCUGAGGCCCCGCGCCAAAUCCCCAAUUCCUUUUUCUUUCUCUCCUUUCCCUUCCUUUUCCUUCGCCAUUAUAGUUUUCUUCUGGACCCAUCUUCUUGAUUUGCUCCAAAUCACUCACUGUUUAUCACUUUUUCUGUUUUCCUUCAACCCCACCUCGAAAAGAGGCUGCUCUGCUCGAUUUUUACUAGUUCUUGCCAUUGGGGAUGAGUUAACUUAGCGUAUUCAAACAAACCCUUUGUGGGUUUCAUUUGAUUCUUCUUCUAUCGCACUUUUUUGGUGGAUUCGAUUGCUUCUUGAAACGUGUGAUUUAGCGGUGGAGUGAGUUAAUCCCAAGGGCGAAACGAACGCCUGACACUGACCCUGUUUCUGGAUUUGCUCUUAUCAGCUGGCUUUGUCUCCUCAGCGAUAACCGAUGUGAUUUGUAUCAAGUCUUAUUGAGAUCUGCAUUUACUGUCGGGGAAUUUUAUUCUGGAAGAGUUGGAGAUGUUUAUAUAUGCUGACUGGUCAAUCCUCAAACAGCUUCAAUAGUGAAACAUUUGGAGUUUUCUUACUGUAGUUCCAUCUGGUUUCUCGGAACUUUAUUAACACCAUCCAUCUCAUAAAAAUCUAGGAGGUGAUUCUGAAGACAAGGUGAAAAUUAUUGCAUCCUUUUCCCUGGUGCCUUCUGACAGAAUACAUUUGUUCUUUUUUUAAGUUCAAAUGCAAGAUGGAGAAAAAGAAAAAGAUCACGCAGUAUAGAGAGAGGCUAGACAAAACACUUGCAUCCCCUGAUCUAACAAACCAGGAGUCUAUUUAUUCUCUAGUGUCAAAUCAAAUUCAUCGUUCGAAUUUGAGACAUGGAACUGAAGGAUGUAAUGAUAAUGUGGUAGCACGAAGAAGUGCCGAAGUAUCAAAUUUUCUUGACAUGUUGAGAAGUCCUUCAAGUAAUGAUAAUGCUAGCAGCAGAGCUUCUGAGACAGCGCAUUCUGAAUGGAAAACAAAGCACGAUGAUGAAGAAUUUCGAGUUAUGUAUCGUGAAGGACCAAAGGGCACUCCAUAUCAUACAUUACUUGUUGAAGGUUUUGUAGAUGGGCCUGUUGAUAUUUGUUUGUGUACGUCUUGGGAGUCUGAACUUUAUAAAAGAUGGUGGCCUCAAUUUACCCUGCCAUCCUUUAAAAUUCUCACCAGCAAAUGUCUCCAGAAAGUGCGGAUCGGUGAACAGAUUGCGUUAGUAAGGGUGAAGGUUUCAUGGCCCCUGUCAACCAGGGAGAUUGUUGUGCACUACUUUUUGUUCGAGUACUUUCAGGAUGACCUUAUUGUCAUUCUUCUGAACUCGAUAUCUGAUCUGGACAGCAUUGAUGUAACUACUCAUGGAUUCACCAGGCAUGCCAUCCCAGAUGCAGAUGACUUUGUAAGGAUCGAUGUCGUGGGAGGCUUUGCUAUACAGAAGGUGACAGAUAACAGGAGCUACUUCCGGACAAUAGCAAACAUGGACAUGAAGCUGGAUUUUGUCCCUCCCUCGCUCAUUAACUUCGUCUCAAGGCAACUUAUUGGCAGUGGUUUCCGGCUCUAUCAAAAGGUAGUGGGUUCUUUCAAAUCUGAUGAAGAUUUUAUGAAGGCUUUGAAAGACCCACUUUACACUCGUAUUAAUGAAGCUCUCUACCAGAGGAAUAGAAAAGAAAAGGUGUUCAAAGAAAAAGAGGUCGGUUAUCAAAUCGAUCAGGCUGGAGUGCAUUAUUUUCAAGAAGAGCAGCUGAAAGAGCAGGAGGAAAACUCGAUGGAAGAUCAGACUGUUAAUGUCAUUUAUGAUACAAAUGAACCCACAAAAACCAUUGAGAUCAACGAAACUAAAUCUUUUGGGGAGAUUGAGGAGGAAGAGAGCAAAGAAAGUAGGGAUGAUAAAGAAGAAGAAGAAGAAGAAGAAGAUGAAGAGGAUAAAAAUGACAUUUUAGAUAUAAGUAUUGCAGAAAAAAGUAACUUUAAGGGUAAAAGAAUUUCUGUAAUUAGUCCAGAGGUGGAAAAGGCUCUGCAAACUUUAGAUGAAGUCAUCAAUAUGAUGAGGAAAUGUAGACUCAAUACUGAAGCGAAGGCUGCUUCUUGCUUGAUUGAUGAAAAGCCUCCAAAUAUGGAGAAGAAGGAUACUGAGAAGAACUUGAGUAUUUCAAAAGACAGCAAUGUUCACUCGGAAGUUAAGUUAUUUGCUAAUUUGUCAAAGAAAGAAACCACAGAGAGAGGUUCAGAUGAACCACAUCGAACGAGCUCUAACCAUAGUUCCAGGCGUUUAGGAUCAUCAAAUUCUUUGUCCAAGGAUGUCAACCACAACAAAAUAGUUCCAGCAUCUCCAGAACAGAAAUCUUUACCCUCUGGACCUGCUGAAGUUAACCACACGAUAUCGAGUUUUUUCGAACAUGGAAUGACACAAAACCUGCAUUCAGAUCAAAAUUCUCAUGAUCAUGUUAAGCAAUCAAUAAGUCAGCAUAAUAGCAUCAACGACAUCAGUGAGGAUGCAGUGGAGAGGUAUGUGAGGAGCAGAAAAACCCGGUACUGGUGCUUUCCGGGGAAUCCAAUUCGGCUUAAGAAGGGAAGAAGUUGAAGUUUAGUUGAAGGUGAAGCAGAAAUGGCAAAGGCUUUUCUGAAGAAGCCACCCUUAACUGAUUAUUUAACAAGUUUUCUUCUUAACAUCUUGCUACAUCUGUAAAAACAUCAAUAAACUCCAAUAUGGUUGAAUUUUUUGUGUUUUCUUUUAUUACCAAUGUUAUAUAAUUAUAUUUAUGAUAACUCUUUUCUUUUAUGUGAUUGUAACUGAUAAUUUGUGGAAGGAAUAAGCUCCCUGAAUAAACCCUUUUGGCAUAGA